AUGAUUGCACUCGGUCCUGAUUGGUCGCGUUCCCCUGUGGCAGUGAUUGGUCGCUUCUUUCCUUGCUCUCUGUUAAUUGGCAGGAUGCUGUUGGAUCUCAUUGGCUUUACGGUAGGUGCGAUGGCGUCCAGGAGGGUUGUGGAUCGGCUGCUGCUUCUGCUGUGGCCGCUGCUGGGGUUGGUCGGCGGAGACUCCCCAAGCACCGGAGCUCCUGAUGGCCUACUCCACUCUAAAGGCACCGGUCUCCCGUCCUCCAGCGGCCUGGGAGGCACCCGCGGUCCGCCUGAAGCCGCGCCAACCACGGUGCCAGCUUACCUGGCGAAGUGCCCGAGCGCCGGACAGUGCAACAGACUGCCGCCACUUUGUAUGAACUGCUUGAUGCAUUCCAACUGUAUCUAUGGGAAGGAAGCUUCAUUCAACUGUACAAUCAAGCCGGGUGUACAGUGCACAGAUGAGAACAAAAUGGACCAGAAAAUAUUUCAGAUAACAGUGGUCUGCCAGUUCUGUUGGCAGCUGCCACCCAAACAGUAUCAUUGCAAGGAAACCACAAAUUGCAAGAGCGUGCGGUGCCCGCGGCAAUACUUCAUUUCUAACUGCACAGCCCUGGAGCACGUGCAUUGUCUUGGUAAUCGCACAUUUCAGAAGAAGGUGUAUUGCAAUUGGACAGGUGGUUACAAGUGGUCAACUGCAUUGGCUCUCAGCAUCACUUUGGGAGGGUUUGGAGCAGAUCGCUUCUACCUGGGCCAGUGGAAGGAAGGUCUUGGUAAACUCUUUAGCUUCGGAGGCCUUGGAAUAUGGACUUUGAUAGAUGUGUUGCUGAUUGGGAUUGGCUAUGUUGGGCCUGCUGAUGGCUCAUUGUAUAUCUGAGCUGCAAGAGAACCUUGUGACAAUACUAUGUGGAGCUGUGGAACACAAGCUGUGGUACUUGGGAGAAUGCUAAUUCUGAAAACAAAUCACUUUUAAACAUUUAUUUAUCAAGCUGAGGACUUGCACCAAGUUCAGUCGUUCUGUACGGUUGGUUCCUGUUGGACUUGUAGGUAAACAGCUUUGAAAAUGAUUAUUGAAAUUACCAAUGAAGACAUUCUUGUGACUCCACAGUGAUGUUUUGCCCUGAUUGUAUCCUUGCAUGGGGAAAUUAUCUGUACAUUUUCUGGUAGGUCAGAGACCUAAAGACUGUCUGUAAAUCUAACCAUUCAGAUGUGGAAAUCAGCUGACAAAGAUUUUAAAUGUACUUAACAUACAGCUUUCUCACUGAGGAACAAGAGAAGAUAGGAGAUGCAAGCAAAUUAAUGGCUUUGAGCUGGUGGCAGCAAGAGAAACAUGAGCAUGUCCACAAAUCACCUGUUCCCAUUUUCUGGGCCUUCUAAAUUUGCUGUUGAUGUUUUGAGUAACAUGGUGAAAGUGAUUGUACUCCAUGGUAAUAGCAACAGCAGUUUACUUUGGGUGUGGGAUUGAUGAUAGACUGGGCUUCCACUGCAGUCCAGUGUAUUUAGUCCAGACUAAACUGGAAGUCUGCCAAAGUUCUUUGUGCUGGUGACGAUGAUCAUUCCAAUCUGGGCCAGAUCUUAAGUUCUGCUGUGGCCCCACAGGGAGAUUCAUUGGAAGACUCUGAACUUCCAAUGCCAGACAUUAGAACAGCUGUGGAACAUGGGUUAGGAAAGCAGGUUGAGUGGGCUGGAAGGUGAGUGGCCUCAGUUGUAUCCCUUAUUCCAUGCAUCUACCUUUUACUGAGCUGGAAUUUUUAAUGUUACAAUUGUGAGGGAGGAAUGGUUUGGUAAUGCACCAUCAAGUGCCUGGUAUUUCCAUCAGCCAGUGUUUCCACUGCCUUCCACACAAGUCGGUCAAUAGAGAUUCAGUCAACACACACAAAAUGCUGGUGGAACACAGCAGGCCAGGCAGCAUCUAUAAGGAGAAGCACUGUCGACGUUUCGGGCCGAGACCCUUCAUAGAGAUUCAGUGAAACCUGACAUUAUGUUUUUCAGUUGAUAAUGCUGCCAUGAUUUAAAUCUGGUUUUGUAAGUUCAAGUGGUUGGAUUCAAUGCUUUGGAUAAGUGUAGAAAUUUACUGUACAUUGUUACAAAAAUGUGAAAAUAAACAUCCAUGUGAUUAAUGCAAUUGAAAUCAUCUUUUUAUUUUUAAUAAACUUCAAUUUGGCUA